AGUUGAGAGACUGUGUUUUUUCUUCUUAUAGAGAAUCUGGAAAACAAUCUGUGAUUUAGAUCGAUCAGCAUAUAGUAAAUGGCCAGAAAUUUUUAUCUCUUAACAAUAUUGCUAAUCGUAACAUUAAUUUCUCCUCCAGUCCUCUCCAAGUCUCGCCGUCCAAUUUCUGAGAAUGAAAUUAGGCAAAAGAAGAACGAAUGCUAUGCCGACGUUGAGAGUGGAUUAUGGGGACAGCAAUGCAAAUUAUCAAUGACUGCAAAGGAAAAUUGUGCUUUACGCUGUCUUUCUCCUGUUUGCUAUGAGCAUAUUUACGAGAGCGAUCCGCUUGAGGAGGGAGAGAAGGAUCACACUAGAAGCCAAGAGUAUAAGUACUGUAUGUAUAAUGAAAUUAGGCGAAUGACGGGGCCACUGCAUACUGAAAGCUAACGGAGGACGUGGGCCUGUUAUCAUGGAUUCAAUGGGGGAGUCCCUUGAGGGUAUAAGGGGAGCUUUUGAGUAUUAAAUUAUGCACUUGUAAUUAAACUAUAAAUGAUAUCAACCCAAGUCGAGCAUUAGUUGUAUAAAUAUGAAUGGUGUUAAGUUAGUGUGACAAUUUCAGCAAUGUUGUUAUGUAUGCAUUAGCUAGGCAGGCUAAUGUAGCUCUGAACUUGCACUUUAGCCGACUUGCGAUUCAGCUGGAAUUGUACAUUUCCAUUAGAGUUUCAACAGAGUAUACAACAGUCUUAAUAAUUUUUAUUUUUUGAAA